AUGUACUCCAACUACGCCCAAUCCCACCUCGUGCAAGCACAGUACUUUAGAGACCCACGCAGCGCGCACGAUUUACAAUCCUAUCUCACCGCCAACACCUUUCUCGCCGACAUCAAUGCCGAAAUUCCGGAUACGGACCAAGCGCUGUACAAGCGCAACCUGGUCAGUCUCGACGCGCUCGUUUUGGUCUUGUUUAGCGAGGACAAGACGGUUGUUCCCAAGGAGAGCGGGUGGUUUGGGAGUUAUAGGCCUGUUAAUUUGAGUGAGCCUGAUGCGAUGGGUGAUGAAGAUAUGGUUUCGAUGCAUCAACAGCCGAUAUACAAAGACGACCGUAUUGGCUUGAGAACCCUCGACGAGGCCGGAAAGAUUCAUUUUACGACAUGUGAAGGUCCCCAUAUGAGGAUCUCGGACGACUGCUGGAAGCCCCUUGUUCUCAAAUUUUGUGGUGACAGGCGAGGAGAAAAGGGCCAGCAGAACACAUCCGAUUUAUUGGUCCAAUAA